ACAGUCUAUACCCCUCUGAUUUCCGUUACGUGCCUGACACGAAGCAAAUUGAGCUUAACAAGCUUUACGGAGGUAUUCGAUGCCCCUCGGUGGAGUUUGUCCGCUAACCAUGGCCAGAACUCGAAGUUGAGCAAGCGAAAUUGGCCGACAUGGACCAAUUCGCAAUGCUGGACCCAUUUUUCCAGCGCCUCCUCAGCGAGCAGAACGCCUCAAACGAUCUCUAUAGCUCCGUUGCAUCCGUAUAUGCUCCUCAAGACGAGCACAGAGAGCUUCAGAGCAUGCUUAAUGUGGACAAUCUACAGAUCAGUGACGAGCUAAAAAAUGCAAUGAAGAACAUCACCAGGGCUUGUCUCACUUUGGCAGUCCAAUGUGGCAAGCAACACGACGUAUUACGUGCAUUACCAGGUGGGGGACUCAAGCGAGUGUUUCCCAUUCGGAGAUUGUUUCGCGAUCCUCUCCAGAUCACCUUUGAUAUGCCAUGGGAUCAGAUGAUGGCCACAUUCGAGUUCGGCGACGAGCGGUCAAAGCCGUCAUCCGAGACCAGUUUGAAUUUGCCAAACAGCACGAAGGUUCAUUCGGCCCAACGACAAGAGGAACUCAGUGGAGUCGCCGCUCAAUCACUCAGCUCUGAGCCCCACACGAUCUCCGGUCAUCGAUAUCGGCAGACAUCUGGAUCAUCAAUACCCAUUUCCAAGACCAAAGCAAGUGCCACAUCCAGCGAGGAGAUACAACGAACGUCUGGGCUGCGAGGAACGGAUGCGAGGGUGCCUAGGGAUGAGGCGAAAGGCAAUGCACCCACCUAUAUCGUCAAUGGCAAGCAGAUGAAGCUCAUUCACAGAAUCUUUGACGGCGACGAUGGACGAGUCGGUUCGGUGCGAUGGUUCGAUCUUGACAAGCUUAUGAAGCGUCUUGGCUUUCGAGUUGAGCUGCGAACUGGCUCAAUCGUGACAUGGAUCCCGCCUCUUGGUCAAGGUCGACCCAUGAAUGUACAUCGACCUCAUCCUGAAUGUUCAAUGGGACCGAAGAGCACCGUCAAUCUCGCCAAGCGGCUCAUGCAGAGGUCUUCAAAAAAAGCUCUCAGGUGUGCGACAGGAGUGCCGGCAAUGGAGUUGAGGAGGAUCCGGAUGCCUCGAACAAAGCCUGAGCUGCCAGGAAGGACGGAUUCGAAGGGUGAUGACAUCAAAUGAUGCUCACGUGAACGCUUUGAAAGGAGACGGAUACGCCAUGAAAGAAAAGGAUAGAAAAUGACAGAUCGAAAGUGGUUGGUAAUGCCAAGCGAAGAUUCCGAUAUCGUACAGGAUUUGAUACUGAAUGGAAGGGAUUGUACAUACAUAAACAUAGAUAAAGAUACUCUGACAGUCGUCAGAUAUGGCUUUGGCCAGCACAAUAAUCACGAGAGCGAUGGCCCUUUAUGCAAUACUGUACAAUAC